AUGUCGAUCGGUGCGGAUCUGCAGGUGCUUCUGCGAUGGGGCCACUUCCUCUGCCUCCUCCCCAAAUACGACCCAAUCACCGGGACUUUUUCGUCGACGCCGCGUCGCUGCUACAUCAAACUGACCAUCUUCACCGUCUCCUUCAUCUACUCGUUCGUCGGUAAACUCACCGUUCCCGAUUUCAAUAAAACCACACCUCAGUUAAUCCUCAUCCUCUUCUCGACCAUCAUCUCGAGCUUCCUCAACCUGUACACGAUCUUCGGCUCGUUCAAAUGGGCCGUCCCUAAGAUUCAACGCCUCUUCGACACCUUCAACGAGAUCGACUCGAUCCUUCAAGAGGGACGCUCUCAUCGCAUGCGCUCCUACGUUCCCGUCUUCGGCCUCAUCCACGUCUUCAUCAUCACCAUCGUCUUCGUCGCAAUGUACAUCUGGUACAAGCAUAUGCUUCUCACGGAUUUCCACUACCUCGUGCAGGAUCAGCUGCAGUUCUACUACAUCUUCAUCGGCGUCGCCAUCCAGAUAAACGUGCUCAGACAUAUAAAGUGCAGGUUCGAGAUCACCAACAGAUUGCUGGAAACGAUGACCUUCUGCGAAAACCAAUCGACGAUGAAGAGCAUCUUCCUGCUGCACGAGAAACUGUGCAACCUGGUGGACAUCUUCAACUCGUUGCACGGUUGGCACAUCCUUCUCACCAUGAACAAUCUCAUCGUGGACAUCCUGCUCACACUGCAGUUAAUGAUCAGCAAUCUAUUCAAUAACAGUUUCACGGCGAUCUUGCUGAUGACCACCUGGACCAUGUAUCUCGCCAAAGUAAUAAGUGUUGCCUAUGAAACAAAUUCGUUUAACGAUCAGUUCAUGAUCAGCAAUCUAUUCAAUAACAGUUUCACAGCGAUCUUGCUGAUGACCACCUAA